GCCCGACGGAGGAGCAGCUCGCAGCUGGAGGGAUCCGCACGGAGUCCUGAGAAGCCGCGUCGAUGUCCAUGAGGAGCCCUCCAUCUCCUCAGCUGGAGCUCAAUGGAGCUGGGAACAUGGUGAAUUGCACCAUUAAAACAGAAGAGAAAAACGAGAGCUGUUUCCAGUCCACACAGGAAGAGGCCAUUAGCACCACACCUGGUUCUGACAAGUCACACAAAUCACCACUGCCAUUGAGUGAAGGCACCAAUUCUCAGUCCCUCCCACAGGAAUCUGGAUCUCCAGUGGACAGGGCAUUAGACUCCAGGAACCCUGGAUUUGAGCCAGUAGUCAGCAAUCAGGAAAAAUUGGAUUUUAAUAAGAACCUCAAAGAAGUAAUGCCCACCAUUGAGAAGUUACUGUCCAGUGACUGGAAAGAAAGACUUCUGGGGAAAAGUCCAACAGAGUCUAAAGAGGUGAAAGGAACCCAAGAAAGCCUGGCAGAGAAGGAACUGCAGCUGUUGGUCAUGAUUAACCAGCUGUCCACCCUUCGGGACCAGCUGUUGACGGCCCAUUCUGAACAGAAGAACAUGGCAGCUAUGCUGUUUGAGAAGCAGCAGCAACAGAUGGAGUUGGCCAGGCAGCAGCAGGAACAGAUUGCCAAGCAACAGCAACAGCUCAUCCAGCAGCAACACAAAAUCAACCUACUGCAGCAGCAGAUUCAGCAGGUCAACAUGCCCUAUGUAAUGAUUCCAGCCUUUCCUCCCAACCACCAGCCUAUUCCUGUCACCCCUGACACUCAAAUGGCACUUCCUAUACAGCCAAUCCCUUGCAAGCCAGUAGAGUACCCCAUGCAGCUUCUUCACAGCCCUCCUCCUUCAGCCCUGAAGAGACCUGCCAGCUCAGGCCACCUGCAGAUCCAGGAAUCUUCACAGCCAUUGAACUUAACAGCUAAGCCCAAAGGCUCUGAGCUCCCCAAUGCCUCCUGUUCACCUAAUUUAAAGAUCAGCAGCUGUCAGUCCCUCACUCCCAGCCAUAGAGUUUCUCGGGAGUUGCAGACCAGUCCUCCCAGCCUGCCUUUGGGGUUCCUCGGAGAAGGAGAUGCUAUAACCAAAGCAAUCCAAGAUGCUCGGCAGCUUCUGCACAACCAAAGCAGAGCAAUAGAUGGCUCUCCAAAUCACCCCUAUAGGAAGGACCAUGUCAGCUUGGAUUCUUCUCCAGCAAAAGAACAGAUGGAAGAAACUUCUUUGCAGAGGCUGGAUGAGUCCAUGUUAACCUGUGAUGGGGAUGGCUCACGACAUUUCCCUGAAUCCAGGAACAAUAACCACAUCAAGCGUCCCAUGAAUGCUUUCAUGGUGUGGGCCAAGGAUGAGAGACGCAAGAUCUUGCAGGCCUUCCCAGAUAUGCACAACUCAAGCAUCAGCAAAAUUCUAGGCUCUCGAUGGAAAUCGAUGUCAAACCAGGAGAAGCAGCCCUACUAUGAGGAGCAGGCACGACUCAGCCGGCAGCACCUGGAAAAGUACCCCAAUUACAAGUACAAGCCUCGCCCCAAGCGCACCUGCAUUGUGGAAGGGAAGCGGCUGCGUGUUGGCGAGUACAAGGCACUGAUGAGGAACCGGCGCCAGGACGCCAGGCAGGGCUACCUGAUUGCGCCCCAAGGCAACCAAGUGCCGCCUUCGUCCUCGGAUCUCGUGUACCAGCGUUCAGUUGGGAUGCCGCUGGCCUCACCCCUGAUGGAUCACUACUUGCCCCGUGGCAUGGAGCCAAACAUGCCCGUCAUAGUGAACACGCGCAGCCUGAAGCCAGAAGAAGGGGACGGGGCAGAAGACAGCCAUUCGGUGCCUGAUGGGGAGAUGUACCACUACAGUGAAGACGAGGAUUCCGAGGGCGAGGACAAGAGUGAUGGCGAGCUGGUGGUUCUCACAGACUAA